CGCCAGUCCGGAGUUAGCCGGAAUAAAAUUCAGAUUCCGCGUGCUAACCGGAGCCGAAACUUGUGUGUGUGAUGCGCUCUGCGCUCCGUUACGAUGUUCGUGGUGUUGGUGUUUGUGAUCUCAGCCAUCGGUCUCGGCCAAGCCAGCAGUCACGGAGUCCACAGCCGAAGAAAUCUAGGUCGCCACGUACGAAACUUGGAAUCGAACGGAAUGUCAGUUUUAGGUGGCGAUUUUAAUCACGAUUCGGCGUUUCCCAGAUUCGCCGAGCCAAUUCCGAACGUCACCGUUACCGUCGGUCGUGACGCCCUUCUCGCAUGCGUCGUUGAUAAUCUCAGAGGGUUUAAGGUCGCCUGGGUACGGGUUGACACGCAGACAAUCCUCUCGAUCCACCACAAUGUCAUAACGCAAAACCCGAGAAUAUCGCUCAGCUACAAUGAUCACCGUUCAUGGUAUCUGCACAUUAAGAACGUCCAGGAGGCAGAUCGCGGCUGGUAUAUGUGCCAAGUCAACACCGACCCGAUGCGCAGCCGGCAGGGAUACUUACAAGUUGUUGUGCCGCCCAGCAUCGUGGAUCGCGAAACCAGCAGCGAUAUGGUUGUGCUGGAGUCGACCAACGUCAGUUUGACUUGCAAGGCGACCGGCUAUCCCGAACCGUACGUCAUGUGGCGUAGGGAAGAUGGCGAAGACAUUCGAUACAACGGUGAAAAUGUGAAUGUAGUUGAUGGUGAAAUUUUAUUUAUAACUAAAGUCAGUCGUCUCCACAUGGCUGUCUACCUUUGUAUUGCUUCCAAUGGUGUGCCACCUUCUAUUAGUAAACGAGUGCAGUUGAAAGUACAAUUUCCUCCGAUGCUCUCGAUCCCAAAUCAAUUGGAAGGGGCUUAUAUCGGACAAGAUGUUACACUUGAAUGCAGGACUGAAGCGUUUCCAACUUCCAUUAACUAUUGGACGACCGAGAGGGGCGACAUGAUCAUCUCAGGUAGUGACAAAUACGAAGCUGUUUCGAUGGAUAAUGGAUACAAGAAGUACAUGAUGCUGAAAAUCAGGAGAGUGAACAAAUCUGACUUCGGUUCUUACAAAUGCGUUGCCAAAAACUCCUUAGGAGAAACCGAUGGCGUUAUUAAGUUAGAUGAAAUUCCCGCGCCGACGACAGUGAAGACGACAACACAUUUUCCGACAAUGACUCCAAAAAAGAAAGGCAAAGGUCGCGAGGAUAAGAGUGGUGUGGAUGCAAACCGCGUCGGAUCCGAACGGGAUUUAGAAGAUACCAGAAUAUCAGAAUACGAUUACGAUGGAGAGUACACACUGCCUUCGAACGGACCUCCACCAAUUCGAGAGCCCCCGGGCGCCUUCAGUACGGGUUCGCGACUUGAAAAGUUUAACUCUGUUUUCUUCGCCGUUAUAGUUUGGUUGUUCAGAACUUGCCUGAGGUGAUCUUUUUCUAAAUCAAAUUAGAAAAAAUAUAUAAAAGAACACGUGAAGUUAGGAAGCAUCGAAAACGGUGAUAAAAACAUAUCCAGUAUGAGACUGAUUUGUACAUAAUGUAAAUUAUCUAGUGCUAUUGUAAUAUAAUUUAGAACAAAGUGUAUACAAUGCUGUGCUAUAAUGUAUGAAGUAGAUACCGCUGAAGUUUCCAAUAGUGCGUGAUAAAAUUUGAAUAUAUGUAAUCAUGAAUUAGUGAUCUACGAUAAAUAAAUAAAAUUAUGGUUAAACAAU